GUCGGUGACGCUCGACGGACGGACGGCCGUCUAAGACACAAUUGCUCCCACACUCUCCAUCCAUUCAUCCCAAUCCCUCCCCUCCGAACACCAAACCGACACAGAGAGAAGGAAAAAGGUUGGAUCAUCUCUCGAUCGUCUCUAUUUGUUCUUUGUUCUUUUUUUUUUCUAUUUUAGGUAGAACUUGAUCCAAGUUCUCAAGGACGGACGAAGCAUAUGGGUUCCAUUGCUCAUUUCUCGCCAAUCUUGCUGCUCCUGCUGCUCGAAAAGGGUUUGGAGUUGAUGUUGUCUUUGAGCCUACAAGAAGAAUCAUUUAUAAACCAUUGAUUAUCCUCGGAUAGUGCCUGCCUGCGUUUAGUUCUUGGGCAAGGAAGGUUUGUUCUAAACUUAGGGUUCUUUUUUAUGCUUUGCCGUGUCUUGGAAUGCGAGAAUAGGACCUCCUUUGUUUGCUCUAUGUAUCCCUCCAUCUUUCGGCUUCAACUGUGGUCUACUAUGAUGGAGCUCAGAGCAGUUAGUUAUCGGGGCACAUUGGCAUUUGAAAUGUAAGCCUUUUCUUGAUCCGGCGCUUAGGUUGAUUGUCUGGUGUUUGUCCGGGGUGGAAAGUGUUGUUGAUCUUCUUCCUCAAUUUGAAUGCUCGUGUUUUCGUAUUUUGAAAUGCUUGCAAUGGUUUGUCUAGUAGUUCCAUUGCUACAUGACGAAUAGCUUGUGGUGUAUCUUCUGGUCGUAAUUGUUUCUCUGCGUCUCUACUCAGAGAGUUCUUGGUAAUAUAUAUACACGUAUUCGUAUAGGCUGAUCUUACUGGUUCCAGUUGCUUCUUGUACAUGUCUAGUGAGGAGGAGGAAAAGAGGCAUCAUCAUAAAGCUUGCCGUAUCAAAUGGUGGACAUUUGGUGGUCAUUGUUAGGGGCUGCAGUUCCAGCUCUUGUGGUAGGGCAAGCCAUCAGAGCAAAGAGAAAAAAUGGCGAAGAGCAAAGGUUCAAGAGUGCCCAAGGGCAUGAAAGAAACUCGGAUGAAAUCUUCGUAUGUGACAGAGUCUGUACUUCUAAGAGAAUGCUCAAGAAGGUCGGUGCAUUAUCAGAGAAUCUGCCUCAGGAUACAUGUGUUUCUGUUUGUGGUGUUUCUGAACUUGAUGCUUGUGCUGAUGCUUGUGCACGGAGUGUUUGUGUUAUCCAACACCAAGUGCCUAACUGGAACGACGUUUGCCUUAAAAGGUAUAAGAUUCACAUAAUGGCGGUGCAAAUCUAUCGGAGGUUGGAUGACUGCUUGAUGGAGAGUCCCUCCUUGGAAAUUCUCUUGUUGGUGAUUGUUGUAUUAAAAAUCUCAUAGGAAGUUCCUCAGAUUUCACCUGUUUCCUGUAAAUUAAUCAUAAAGCGUUACUGUCCUGUCUUUUUUUGCUGCUGCUACUUAGAAUUAAUAGCACAUUUCUUGGAACUGCAUGCUCACCAAAGUUGAUAGAUGAAUGCAAAGUUAUGAUGGUUACAGUGAAA